AUGGCGUCUUCGAAUUUUUUAGCCAGGACGCGCGUGGAAACACUCCUAUGUAAAAAGAUAUUAUUACAUAAAAAAGUUAAUGUCUCUUUUUACCUUACAUCGCUAAGUAUAAACUUGCAAAAAAGAAGUUACGUUUCGGUGACUUUGCCUAUCCACCUUGCUGCUGCGAAAGGCACGACGGGCAAUAAACCAGGUGUCAAAGUUGGCGGAAGAGCGGCACCGUCGAAAAAGAAAAGCGGGUUUAAACAAACUAAAAAAGUUGCUGUUCAGGUCAAAAAAUCAAAUGUGGGGCCUGGAUUCGCUAAAGUCAAUGAAAAGUUUUAUCAGCCUCCGCCGGUUGUUGACUUAGAUGAAAUGUAUCCGGAAGCCUUUCUCUAUGACAACGUGGGAAAAGUGUAUGCGAUAACUGAUACAGUAUUAUCAAAAAUAAAAACCUUUAGAUUGCCACCAGCAUUAAACCAUGAGCUUGAAUUUUUCCCUCGUCCAUCUCUUGUAAUUAGAGAGAGUUCAGUUAAAUUGAUCGAUCUUUUGGAAGCAUCAUCAGAUUUACCGAGUUUACGGAAUAGAAUUAUCUUAUGCGAGUCUUCUGGCGAAUUGGGAACUGGCAAGAGUACAUUACUUUUACAGUCAGUCUGUUAUGCGUUGUCUUCUAACUGGAUUGUAAUUUAUAUUUCUCACGCCAUUAGUUACGUGAAUAGUAGUAGCGCGUAUCAAAAAGUUGAAGCAACCGGAGAAUUUGUUCAGCCAGCACUUGCACAAAAACUAUUGCAACAAAUUAACAUUGUAAAUAGAUCAAUUUUUCAAAAUAUAAAAUUGAAGCAAAGCCAUGAAAUUCAGCGAAAUAUUUUGAAAAAAGAUUCACCGAUCACGCAAUUAAUUGAACUUGGAAUUAGAGAAGAAAGUGUUGCUUUCGACGUUCUAACUAAAUUCUUUGCAGAAAUUGAACAGAAUGACACCUAUUCAGUGCUACUUGCGGUUGAUGAAAUAAAUGCUUUCUACACUCGAACAAAAUAUCGUAAUGUUGAUUUUACUUUUCUUGAUGCAGAUCGAUUUUCUCUAAUUAAAAUACUUUUGGAAUUCUUUGGUGGUCAACGACAUUUUAAACGUGGUGCUAUCAUCGGAGCAAUCUCGAAUGUGUUUCCACCAAUUCAGAGUAAAAUUUUAGAUUUCUCUUUGCGUCUAGAUGAACCAUCGCCUUGGAUUCCAUAUUCUCAGAGUCUUAUAUCGUAUACUAAAGGAUUACAGCGAUUUGACGUGACAGGGUAUUCUAAAGAUGAAGCAAAAGCAGGGAAACCCCAAAACUUGGCUGAUUCCUCUCCCAGGGAGGGUGUUGUCAGACAAUCAUUAUACGAUUUGAUCAUUUACUUUAUCAUGUGGCGUGGGCAACCGGACUGGACCGGUUUUGAACGUUAA